UGUGCCCCGAAGAGCUAGCUAGGUCGAAUUUAUGAUGUUUUCUGAUAUUUUCGUUGGUAGCUAGUUAGCAGUCACAAAAUCAACAUGUUGUCUCAAUUAAAAUAUUGUUAGCCAGUCAAGCCAGAUGGUGUUAUUGCUUAUAGACCUGUGUAGCCUACCCAGGUCAGUUAUUUAGCUAGCUAGUCAAAGAAGAGGACAAGGUUAGCUAGCCAGCCAAAGAAGAGGACAAGGUAGCUAAAGGUGGCUAGCUAACGUUAGCUAGCUAGGUACAGAAUCCAGUUCCACCCAGUAUCUGUGACACAACUGUUCUGCAGCAGGAUGAGUGGAGCUGGAGGUGGAGAGCAGUCCCUGUUCUUUCUAAUUCUCCCUGACCUGAGGAAGCUGUGCUGUGUCACCCUGUCCUUGCAGUCUGAUGACGGAGAAGUGAGAAACAAGCAGGUGAAAACAUGCAGGGAGCUGUUGUUAUUGUAUGCAGACAUCAUUGCCUCUCCGGUAUUGGGGUGCUUCUCGGAGAUCACAAUGGUGAUGGCGAUUCCCUUUUUUAAGAGAGGAAUAGUACAAGCUUAUGUACAACGACACAGUCUGCAGAUGGGCUCUCCUCAGAGGGUUCUCCCUGGUAUUCUGCAGACCUGUCUGUCCUACUCCUUGACCAGCAGGCUGGCUCCAAACUGGAACAAAGUCGGACAGUUCCUUAUUGCUGGGAGGGAUUUUCUGGCUGAUUCGGGGAAGCUCAAUGCCAUUGUGAUGGAGCUGAGUGCCAAUGAGAGCCAGCUGUGUGUCAGUGUGGAGGCCAACACUGUCCGACUCCCUCCAACCAGGUUGGCGGACUUUGACAUCCCUCCCAUGGUCCUGAGGAACUUCCAUAGCCAGCCAGAUGCUGUUAUCCAGACCUUCUCAAUGUCCAGCAACUGGUGUUACAUUCUGCCAAGCAUGAAAAGGGGUCAGAUUGUCAGCAUCAGUCACCGGAUGCCCGCCGAGAGCCCCUUCCAGUGCUACGCUGACAUCCAGAAUCACUGGAGCAGUCUGUAUGGCUACCGACUCCCCCAAAUUGAUGAGGAAGAAGUGAUUUAUUGCAGUGUAUACUUCAAACUGGUCGGAGAAAGGCUGUUCACAUACCCUCUGAGCUGUAUCCGGACUGAGCCGGUGCAGCGCUGUCCCAGGGUGGACCUCCAGGGAGCGCUCAGCUCCUUCCUAUCCCACCUUAGGGAGAGCCUGCAGGCUGUCUGUGGCUUCCCAGCCCGCAUGACCAGCAAGCCCUGCUACCACACCACCAGCCUGCUCAGCAUUGCCUCAGCACAGGUGGCUAGUGGCAAACCAGUGAACUUGACGACCAAGUCAGCUAGCAGGCCCGUGCUGAGCCAACUCCAUGCUCCCUGCCCCAUCAAGCCCUCAUUUGGGGGGGCACCAGGCGCCCAGUCUCUCAGCCAGCCAGUGGGACAGAGUAGCAGCAGUAGCUAUCUCAGCACUGGAAGAACCCAGGGGGUCCAUCCCACUCCCCCUCAGAGUUAUACCCCAGGGAGAGGCUUGCCCUCCUCCUCUCUCUAUCCCAGUGCUGCCCCUCCCCAACCCACCACACACCCUCAACCCAGCCAGGCACUACCGACUGGACCCAAGAUGGUACCCAUCUUCAAGAACAAGGCCCUCCCGCGCCAUGUCAAUGUCACCCAGCUUCUGGCUGAGAAGCAGCAGAGGAGAGCCGAGGAGCAACGGCAGACACCUGUGUCGGGACAGAAGAGGCCCUGCCCAGCCUUCUCCUCCUCCUUUUCCUUCUGGUCUGUUCCCCCCUCUUUGUUUUCCUCGUCUACCUCUUCCAAUUGGACACAGGAAGCCCACCGGCCUCACUUUACCCCCCGUCCGCGGCCUGAAGGGGUUUCCCCACAUUCCUCCCAGGUGCACGCCAGUGAGAGCGCUUUCAGGGUGAGGGACGAGAUCGCCGUGGGUCCCCCUCAUCCUCUUCCAUCUGGCCCGCUAGGCAACAGAGGGGGGGACUGGUUUGAGUCAAAACCAAAGAAGCCAAAGUCUGCAGUGCAGGAUGUGGACGUGGAGAAACACGCGAGAAGUAACCAGCUGUCGAAGAUCAAUGUAGCGACCCUGCAGGCCUGGCUGAAGAGCCGCAGAGUGGUGGUACGGUCCAAGGACAAGAAAGAGGAGCUGGUGUCAAAGGUCAUGCGUUGCCUGAGUGAAUCUUGAGUAGUGAGUGUCACCUUCCAGACAGACACAGAGAGGGUCAUUUCACAAUCUGCAACAUCACAGAGAAUGAGCUGGUUUUAAGGGUCAUUGAUAGUGAGCUUUGUAUUGCUAUCAGGUCUCUGUGUUAUCAUUCUUGAAUUAUAUGUACUGUACUUGUAUGGUGUUCUUGUUAUGGAGUUAGUUUGAGGUAAGAACUGAUAAUUUUAUGUAAUAUAUUUAUUGAAUGUAUUUGUUUAACAUUAAAACAGUAUUAUAUCUCUUA